AUGGGGCGUCGGCCGGCGAGAUGUUAUCGCUAUAUUAAGAAUAAGCCAUACCCGAAAUCGCGAUUUUGCCGUGGUGUACCGGAUCCGAAGAUUCGCAUCUUUGAUUUGGGCAAGAAGAAGGCAACGGUGGACGAGUUUCCGCUCUGUGUUCAUUUGAUGUCAAACGAAAGAGAGCAUCUUUCCUCCGAGGCACUUGAGGCAGCACGUAUUUGCGCCAAUAAAUAUAUGGUGAAGAAUUGUGGAAAAGAUGGUUUUCAUAUGCGCGUACGAAAACACCCGUACCAUGUGGUACGCAUCAAUAAGAUGUUAUCGUGUGCCGGUGCGGAUCGCUUACAAACUGGAAUGCGCGGUGCUUUUGGUAAACCGCAAGGUCUUGUUGCACGAGUGGACAUCGGCGAUAUCCUGAUUUCAGUUCGAGUCCGAGAACAGCAUGAAGAGCAUGCGGUGGAAGCUUUUCGAAGAGCAAAAUUCAAGUUUCCGGGACGUCAGCUUGUUGUUGUGUCCAGAAAAUGGGGUUUCACCAGGUGGGACAAAGAGGAAUACGAGCAGAUGCGUGGUGAGGGACGUCUGGAACCGGAUGGUGCAACAUGCAAACUUGUCCGUGCACAUGGCCCGCUUUCGAAAUGGAUCACUAAUCCAAUUUAA